AUGUCCUUGAAUUAUCAACAUAUUUCUGUGGCAGGGAGGAGGAUAUUACAGCAGGUGAACAAUCCCUCCAAAGCAAUGUCAAAGCACCUGGAAAAGCAAUUGGUUAAUUCAAUACCAGAAUUCAUGCGACCACAUCUCAAGAAAGUUCCUGAAGAUUGCCAAUUCAAAAGUGAAAGAGAUUGGAAGUUUUUGCCCGGUGAUCGUGUCGUUAUACUUGCUGGUGAAUGUGCUGGUAAUAUAGCCUAUGUUAAGAGACAUGACCAAAUUACAAAUGGCUACGUGCUAGAUGAAAAUGGGCCAAGUGUGGAAGUUGCUGUACCAAAACAGUUCUGGCAAGAAGGACAAACAAGCCAUGUAGUUGCAGUUCCGAAAACUCUUUCCCAGAAGGAAAUUAGAUUAGUCGCUGAUAUUGAGGAUGCUGAAAUGCCAGGUGUCUUUAAAACUGUAGCCAUUGAUAAUAUAAUGUUUAAAGGGACGUACUAUGAUGAUAAUUACAAAAAGAAAAUGCCAUAUAGAUGCGUAUAUGGCGACCCGGACCUAAUUAUACCGUGGCCCAAGCCAGAGUUUCAAGAAGAUGGUCCCUUGGCCACUGCACCCAGCGUAGCCAGAGAGCAAACAUUUUGGGUUGAUACUAUUGCGAGAAACCCAAUACCGAGCGAUGCUUUCUUAACUAUUCGCAACCCUCAUUCCAAGUAUAAAAGAGGUAAAAUCACUGCCCAGGACUUAAGGAAACUGGUAGCUCCAGAAAUGCCAAUAUCCGAAACCAAGAAAGCAUUCGUAAGAGAACAAGUAUUUUUAGCGAAACGUGAUAUGCCUACUUUAACUCAAGAAGACAAAUUUAUAAUAGCGAAAAGAGUUGAAGAGUUCCUAAAACAGAAGGAUCAAAACACCACGAACUAA